AUGGAGUUGCUUCCAAUAGGCGCCCGUAUCAGUCUCUCCGGACACAUAGGGAGCAUCCGUUUCGUCGGAUCUGUUCACGGGACAAAAGGAACAUGGCUGGGCGUCGAAUGGGAUAACCCCGAGCGCGGAAAACACGACGGUGUUAAAGACGGGACACGGUUUUUCUCUUGUCGGAUAUCCAACUCUGGCUCGUUCAUCCGCCCAUCAUCAAACGUCUCAUACGGGCGGUCUUUCCUGGAGGCCCUGCAGUCCAAGUACAUUGAGCUCCCACACGGGUCUGAAUCCAUGGAGAAAGUAAUUCUUGGCUCAUCUCGCGGGGCUAUCGAAAUAGAAGCUGUAAAUCUCGAUAAAAUUAGGCAAAAGUUCUCAAACCUCGACAGACUCCGAGAAAUCAGCCUUGACAAUGAACUUGUCUGCAAAGGCGAUGAACCCGGAGCCAUCAAGGAGACCUGUCCCAACGUGCGCGGCCUAGAUCUUUCGAUGAGCCUGAUUCCCUCUUGGGAUGUCGUUGCCAGCAUCACUGCAGAGCUCCCAGGGCUCACCAGGCUGGUCCUGAAUCGAAAUAGGCUUGAAUGCCCUGGAGACACCGCCAAAAUGUCGUUAGCCUUCAUGAGAAUCACAGAUCUUCAACUUAAUGACACGCUCACAUCCUGGGAUCAAAUGCUCGAGAUCGUUUGCUUCAUGCCGAACCUCCAACAGGUUGAGAUGGGCUACAACCAUCUCACUCGUCUCUCCAAUGGUCUGGACUCUACUUCUCCCACUGUCACAAUACAGAGUAUCAAUCUCGAUAGCAAUCAAUUAAACGACUGGAUUCAUAUCAUGGAAUGUCUUCGCUGUUCCUGCACUUUAUUGACCACCAUCAUCCUAACUUCGAAUGAUAUCAAGGAAAUCCCGUUCCCCCUCGAACAUCAAUCUCCGUUGCCUGAGAUCAGAUCAGUUUCAUUGUCUGCAAACGGGCUGAGGUCAUGGCGAGAUAUCGACGCGCUUGCGGCUUGGUGCCCCGGUCUAGAGACACUGUACAUACGCGGUAAUCCCCUCGUGCAAGAAACCGAUCAUCAGGCAAGGUACUCCCGUCAAUUCAUUAUCGCAAAGAUCCCUUCCCUCGUGGCUUUGGAUGCAACGGCGAUAUCCUCCAAGGAACGGACUGAUUGCGAGCUCUUCUAUUUGUCGCAUAUUUCGCAGAGUGAUGUAGGUUCCGAGGGUGAGCUCAUCAAGAAGCAUCCUCAAUGGAAUAAUCUUCGAGCCAAACAUGGCUUACUUGAAGAGGCAACACAACCUCAGGAUAAGACUGACCGCCUGAGUAAACGUCUAAUAGAACUGAACGCCUAUCAAACCGUCAGUCCAACCAUCGACCUUGCGCAGCUACUCGAGACGCAACCAUUGAAGAUCAAAGCAUUGCCUUCCAUGGCACUGCACAUCCUCCGGCAAAAGCUGCGUAAGGCUACCAAGAGCGGCAUAACGGCAGAUGUUGCUAUAUGGAUGAUAAUGCGAGAUAACUCCGUCGUGGAACUCGGAGUCGACCAUGACAAGCAGGACAUUGCUUGGUUGGGAUUCGACCAUGGCUCGUCCAUUGUGUUUCACAUCAACGAAUCGUAA